AUGGAACAACAAACCAUAGUCAUGUUUCCAUCAGCAGGCAUAGGCCACAUUGUAGGCAUGGUGGAACUUGCCAAGCUCCUCCAAACGCACAGCUUCUCCAUCACCAUCCUCCUCACCACCGGUCUCCUCGACCACCCAACCAUUGACACCUACGUCCGCCGCAUCUCCGCCGCCCACCCCUCCAUCUCCUUCCUCCGCCUCCCCCGCACCGCCCCCGCCACCUUUUCAACCCCCGUCAGCUUCAGCGCCAAAGGCUUCAGCUUCAACAAAAGAAACGCCCCCCACGUAGCCACCACCCUCGCCCAAAUCUCCAAAACCGCCACCGUCAAAGUCUUCGUGAUCGACCUCUUCUGCGCCUCCACCAUGGAAUCAGCCUCUUCAAUGGGAAUCCCAGUGUACUUCUUCUUCCCUUCCGGCGCCGCCGUUCUCUCACUAUUCUCCUACUUUCCCAAACUCCACGAGGAGACGAGCGCGUCCUUUAAGGAGAUGGUCGGGGUGGAGCUGCGCGUGCCGGGAAACGUGCCCCUGAAGGCGGUGGACGUGCCGGAGCCCUUGCUGGACAGGGAAGACCCUGCGUACUGGGACAUGCUGGACUUCUGCACGCACCUUCAGGAAGCGCGUGGGAUAAUAGUGAACUCGUUUGAAGAUCUUGAGCCUGUGAUAGUCAACGCCAUCGCGCAGGGCGCGUGCUUCCCAGAUUCGAAACGUGCGCCUGGUGUUUACUUUAUCGGUCCACUCAUCGCGGAGCCGCAACAUUCAGGUUUGCUUAAUCCUCCUUCAUUCGAUAAUUUUGAGGUUCAUUUUUUACUUUCAUCGUUCUAA